AUGCGUGUGAUGAAUACCAUUACUGAUAAGCCAGACUGGGAUACAAAGGUCUUUGACGAAGAAAUCAUCUCUAAAUGGCGAAAUGAGAUCACCGAAAGUGGCCAAGACAUCUCAUCCAAAAUGAUGGACUAUAUCAUUAAAGAGCUGCAAUGGAAAGCAGAACUCUCUAAGAGUCAAAGCUUCAUUAAAAUCUUCGAUGCUGGCGUUGUGAAAUCUGACACUGCUAUUCCAGAGGAGCUGCGGGUGGCCUUGGUGGAUGCUGUGGCACCCUUGGAAAACAUCCCUGUUGAGAAAAAAGAUUACCAUCCUGGUUCUGAUGAUAAAGUCAUUGACUUGGUGCAUCCAUCUUUGUUCCCGCUUGUCUACGGACAUACCCGUAUCUUACCUGACCAGGUAAUCGACCUUGACAAUUGUCUUGGGACUACGGGACAAGGAGAGAUACUCGAAACUUCAGCCGAACUCCGUCGUGGCAGGCCAAUUGAAGACUAUGAGCAAUACAGCAAACGAUUUCAGUGGCUUCCUUGUGAUAUCAAAUUGAGCUCUGCGGGAGCUGAGCCCGGGUGCCAGAUUGUCUCAUAUAUCAAUAACUUGCAUCCCGUGAAACAUCGGUCACUAUAUGGGAUUAUAGAGAAAGUUAUUGCACGAGCUAUUCCCUUGUGGGAUUCGUCAUUAACCAGAAACUGGUCAAUUGAGCCACGGAUUCCAUAUAAAGAUGUUGAGUUUGAGGACAGCACAGAACCUGAACCAAUCCAAGAACAAGAUGAGGAUGACGAUGACUUCGAUGAUAGAACGAACGAGUGGGAACGGGCCCGUACCAUUAAACAACCGGAGCCUAGCGAAUUCAAGCCACAAGUUCUCUCCGAGGAAGAUCGGACUAAGAUCAACAUCUAUGAAAUCUUCGGCGAUACCGGGUUGCAGGUCAUUGUGAAAUUGGCUAAUAUCGAGCUGACGCCCGAGAAGCCAGAGUACGGCGGUGGAACGUGGCAUAUAGAAGGGCAGCUGAAUGAACGAAUUUGUGCAACCGCAAUUUACUACUAUGACUGUGAAAACAUAACCGAGAGCAGUCUCAGCUUCCGACAGCGUAUGGACGAUAACGCAUUCGACGAGGUCUCUUACGAGCAAGAAAGACACGAAUUCGUCCAGCAAGUUUACGGCAUGCCGCCUGAGUGGCAAAACCAGAGCAUUGGUCCAGUGACACAGUAUCUCGGAGGUGUCGUCUGUCGCGAAGGAAGACUUCUCGCUUUCCCAAAUAUCCUUCAGCAUCGCGUGUCUCCAUUUUCUUUGGCGGAUCCUUCGAAGCCUGGUCACAGGAAGAUUCUUGCAUUGUUUCUGGUUGAUCCUCAUAUGCGAAUUAUCUCGACUGCGAAUAUUCCCCCGCAACAGGAAGAGUGGGGUGUGGAGAAACGUGAACUGGUUCAAGGAGUAUUGUCUGGGAAACUUCCCCCGGAGUUGCAGCAGAUUAUUAGUAAAGAGGGUAUCUCGCAUCAGAUGAUGAAUAUGCAGGAGGCGAAGAAGUUUCGCGAGGAGCUUAUGGAGGAGAGGAGCAUUCAUGGUCCUGCGCAGAAUGCGGCUUUUGAGAUGGGUGAAUUCAGUCUUUGUGAACACUAG